AUGGAUGUAGAUGUGGAUAGCGUCAUAGACAGAUUACUUGCUGUUGGAAUGACUAAACCAAAAUCUUCUUCCAGUCGCCACACCAAGGAUAAGUUGCCUGUGACAAGUUCCGAGAUUAAAUUUAUCUUACAUAAGGCCCGCUCUAUCUUCUUGGACCAGCCUACUUUAUUAAGAUUGUCACCUUCAGUAAAGAUUGUAGGUGACAUCCAUGGCCAGUUCCAUGACUUGAUCCGUAUCUUCAACACCUGUGGCUAUCCUCCAUACUCGAACUACUUGUUCUUGGGAGACUAUGUGGAUCGUGGGCACAAGUCUUUAGAAACCAUUCUUCUUUUAUUAUGUUACAAGAUUAAGUAUCCUGAGAACUUUUUUAUGUUGAGAGGUAAUCAUGAGUCAGCUAACAUCACGAAGAUCUACGGUUUCUAUGACGAGUGUAAGAGAAGAUUGCCUGCUAUCUCUGGCAAUCAUAAGAUGUGGAAAGUCUUCAUUGACGUUUUCAACACAUUGCCCAUUGCUGCAACGAUCAACGAUAAGAUAUUCUGUAUCCAUGGAGGCUUGUCACCAGACUUGCAUGACUUGGAACAGAUCGACAACAUAAGGAGACCUACAGACAUUCCUGAGCGAGGCUUAUUGGCCGACUUACUUUGGUCUGAUCCUGAUCCUGCAAUCAAGAACUUCAGUGUUACCAACUGGCCUAAAAACGACCGUGGUGUAUCUUACUGCUUCGGUAAGAAACACGUUGACUAUUUCUGCUCCACAUUCAAAAUGGAUUUGGUAGUCAGAGGCCACAUGGUCGUUGAAGAUGGUUACGAAUUUUUCAAUAAGAGAAAGUUGGUGACAGUUUUCUCGGCUCCCAACUAUUGUGGAGAGUUCGACAAUUUUGGUGCUGUCAUGAGUGUGGACAAGAACUUGUACUGUUCGUUUGAACUACUCAAACCACAGUGA